AUGUUCAACGAUUUGACGCCUCGUGAAGCAAUCGCCGAUGCUCUGUGCCACAUCAUGUCUGCCUUUGACGAGAACGACGCGUCUCUGCUCGCCUCCGCUGUGACCCCAGAUAUCACUCUAACUACCAACGGCAAUGAUGUGUCGGGCUUCGAAAACGUCAAGGCCCACAGCCUCAACACUGUGGGCCCGAUGGAUACGACCCAUUUUGCAACCAACAUUCGCAUUGACGUUGCGGACAAUGACGCCGCCAUUGCGACGUUGACCGCAAACAAUCUGGCUCUGCCUUACACUGGUUGGGAUGGACUUGGCUCGAGCGAGAGAAAGUUGCUCGGAGGAUCAAAACAUGUCAUCGAGCUCAGUGAAGACGAGAAAGAUGGGCUUUACAAGGUCAAUUUGUGGCACAUAAAGACGGCAUGGAAAGAGGGAGGUACGGGGUGGUUGCACCCAAAAGCUUGA